AUGGCGACGCAAAACUGGCGGUCGCUCGCCCUUCUCCUGUUCUUAGCAUCCUAUGUUGUUGCUAGAUAUGCCGAAUUGGAGCCAUGGAAGGGUGCCGGCCGGCCGGCCACGCCUGCCCAAGAAGCGGAGGAUGAACGCCGCGACGCCGAACUUCUCGCCGCCGUGCGGAACUCAAUGCAACAAUGGGAGAUGAAGAAGGCUCGCACGAGGACGAAAAGGUCACAGGGUAGUGUGUGCUAUGGCCAGUUCGGAUGUUUCGAAGACACUGGACCCUUCGCAUACCUUGAGACGCUGCCAAGCCCACCGCAGGAGGUUGGAACCAACUUCCUCAUGUAUUCCACCAUCAACAGGGGCGACCAGCCGCUCAUGUCGGUGUCGGCGGCCAACAUGUCGGCGGCGUGGAGCUGGGCGGAGCGCGCUUUCGACGCCACGAAGCCCACGCGGAUCAUCGUGCACGGCUUCGGAUCCAACUGCGACAACGUGUGGGUGUACGAGAUGAGGUCCGCACUCAUGGCCGUGGAAGAGUGUAACGUGGUGUGCGUGGAUUGGGAGGGCGGUGCAUCGAUGCCGAACUACUUGCGGGCGGCGGCAAACACUCGACUCGUCGGUAAACAGCUGGCAAUGAUGCUGCAAGGUUUGGCUGAACACAUAGACUUGAGAUUUGAAGACGUUCACCUGAUCGGAUUCAGUCUGGGCGCACACGUGGCGGGUUUUGCUGGAUCGGAGCUAAGGAAUAUCAGUCGAAUAACAGGUCUAGAUCCAGCCGGGCCCCUGUUCGACUUCCAAGAUCCGCGCGUCCGUCUAGACCGCACGGACGCCAAGUUCGUGGACGUCAUACAUUCCAACGGAGAGACCCUCAUUUUGGGCGGACUCGGCGCCGCUCAAGCUUUGGGCCACGUCGACUUCUACCCCAACGGGGGGAGGGUUCAGCACGGCUGCUCCAACUUGUUCGUGGGUGCGGUGUCGGAUUUGGUGCUGCCUUGGGCCGCGGCGUCGGCGGAGGGCCGCUCGCUUUGCAACCACCGCCGCGCCUACAAAUUCUUCACGGACUCCGUGUCGCCCAAGUGCCACUUCCCCGCCUUCCCUUGCACCGACUACGAUGCGUUCCUCGAGGGUCGGUGUUUCCCGUGCAGCGAGGACCGGCGAUGCGGCAACAUGGGAUACUACGCCGACCGCUCACUCGGUCGCGGGCAACUCUACUUGUUGACAAGAGAAGAAGAGCCUUUCUGCGCUCAUCAAUACCACGUGUCGGUAUGGGGAGGCAGCGAAGCUGGCGAGAAGACAAACUAUGGCAGAGUAACACUCACGUUGCACGGAGACUCUGGCCUCAACGAGUCUUUCCCCAUGAAUAAACGCGAGAUCAAAUCGGGCGGGGCCCGGUUCACGCGCGUGAUCGUCCCACACCCAGCGCUGGGCGUGCCGCUGAGCGCGAGCCUGCACUACGCCGGCUACUCGGGCUGGCUGACGGCGGGCGCUAGGGCCGUGCGCGUGCGCAAGCUGCUCAUCGCCGACAGCUUUGGGAAAACAUCAUCAUUCUGUAAAGUGGUGCGACUAAUGUCGGACGAAACCGUUCAACUGCCCUUGUACCCCGGCGAUUGUCAAAUAGUUAUGGAUAGCGAAGUGGCCAACACAACGACUCAAGAAAUGACCAUCAAAGAGGAAAAGACCAAAGAACCUUCCAUCGAUCUCCUCGACAACGAGCUGCCCGAAGACCCGCCACGGUCUCCCUUCCCGGUCGACACUUACGAGUGGGCCAGCGCCGUCGACACCGGCAGGGCGUUCGGCAUGACCAACACCAAGACCGCGCCCAACGGUCUCGUCGAAAUUGCCGAGCCGGUGCUGAGGCCGCGCGCGCGCAAAACGCCCCGCCAGCGCGCCGACGUAGACGACCAGGAAAUCUCCGAGCCGCUACUGCGUGCGACGCAACCGCCCCGAACGCCGCCGCCUUCGCGCAAGCCGAAGAACUACGAGGCUUCCACCACGCCGGCGUACGAGGAACGCGAGGAAGAGACCGGGUUCGCGGUACAAUUCCUACCGUCCAGGCUCGCGUCGCUCAUAUCGAGGGCGGAGCGGUACGCAAGGGACACGCUGCUGCCGCUGGUUUCCGCUUACGCGCCCCGGCUGCCGAUAUUCGGGGCGCGCGAGCUGCCCAAGCCGACCGCGAAGUACAUUCCAACUGAGGACUCGAACGCGACGGGCGCGCCGGUGCCCACGCCCACGCUCGAGAUGAAGAUCGAGACGCUGCGCAACAUGGGCCCGCCCGGCGAGCACCGCGAGCUCGAGACGCCCGAGGAGCCCGACGUGCCGGUCGUGAUAUCGACCACGACCACCUCGACCGCCGCGCCGACCACGACCACUAGGGGCACGACCACGACGGAGAAGCUGCGGCCGGCGCCGACCGAGAUGCUGCAAGUGGUGCCCGGCCCCGUCGUCACGACCAGCACCGCACUACCGCCUGUCGCUCUACAAAGCGCCGGCGAGAAAAUCCUGAUAGUUUACCCCAGCAACGCUAGAGAGGAGAGGAAGAUAAAGUCGCAUUCGGUACCUGAAGAGAUGCAGUUCGAAGCGCUGUACAGGCACACGGCCGAGCCAGGCGUCAGGGUCGACUUGCCAACGUUCCUGCCGCCCACUUCGACUACGGAUUUGAGCUCGACCGACCAAUCAAAAGACGACGCGAGAUACAUCCCCGUGCAAUUUCUUAAGAAGAACGACGACAAAGACGUCCCCGAUGUUAACCCCACG